AUGCUAUUUCCUAAGACCGAUCGGAGUGGGACUACGAGUAAUCACGGGCGAGUGUACAAGACUGGAGGAUCCGAAGCGGCUCUAAACAUCAUCAUGCCUGGCGCAACCGCUAUCGUCCUCUACCCUCGCAAGGAGGGCUCCACUUUUGACAAAGAGUACUACCUCAAGACACACAUGCCCCUCGCCAUGAAGCACUGGGGCCCACACGGUCUGAAGUCCUACGCCGUCAGCGAACUCAGUGCCGAUGGCCCGUACUCCAUCUCCUCUGUCAUGGAGUUUGACAGCCAAGAAGCUGUUGGAAAGGCCAUGCAGGAUCCAGGAACCAAGGAGAUUAUGGACGACGUAAAGAACUUCACCAACUCAGAACCCAUCUUGGUUCACGGCAACAUUAUCGGAACGAGUUAA